AUGGGUAAAAGAAACAGAUGCAAACCUCGUAUGAUCCCACAGCAAGACAAGAGAAUAUGUGGAUGUAUUUGCUUCUGCCAGUUAGUAGUAGUGUUUAGUUGUGUGUCGCUUAUUUAUUUAACAGUGGCAAUAUACAUUCCCUCGUACAGAGCAUUUAAAAGCGGUUUCGAGCAAAAGCCCGUAAUGUGCCAAACCAUUAAUACAAGCACUGAGAACAACUGCAGUUGGGCUUCUUGUGGAGAGUGGUGUUUAACCAAAACAUCUGGAUUUUGCCCACAGAUCCACGUUACCACCAGACAGAAUGGUACUAGAGUGCAAUUCCUCAACUGUACCGAUUUCCAAACAUCAUUUUGCCCUCCAGUCAACACGGACGAUUUGAAAAGGCACAACUGCAACAAUGGAACCGAAUGUGCUUCUUUAAAGGGGGUCUUCAAUUGCUCCUUAGGCCAUUGCACUAAUAUAUCUCAGAUAUACCAGUGUCACUACAAAGCAGAUGGAUUCUCGGUAGACAGUGACAAAGACAAUGCCAAAUUGAAUGGCUUCUUUGAGUGUAAAGGUGCGAAAUGUACCAAAAUCAAAAGAUCCUUCAGCUGCGACAGGAUAUGCAAGGAAAAUAUAACUUCAACAUCGAAAAAUGUCUUUAUAUCCGUCGAUAACAGCGUAAAUUAUGCUUACUGUGAUUUAGCCGUAGCCACAACGAGAGCUAAUGGGAAUGAAGAGGGUGUAGAAAUAAAACCUACUCAAUUCUGGUCCAAACUUCCUAAUGAAGUCAUGAUGGUUUCGUGUCUCACAGCAAAUUAUGACGCUCCUAAUCAAACUAUACAUGCCACUGAUUGCAUAAAUGGGACAAUAUACGAAGCAAAAAACAUACCGAGGCCUUACAUUUCCUUCAGACAAUUUUGGAAUUUAACAGGGAAGCAUAGAAACGUCGUAGAUCCAAACAAUCAAUAUGUACCAGCACAUUCUGCCUUAACAAUAUACAAUACUUCCCGCUUAUUUAUUAACUUAGACGGUUGCGUAAAUACCUUAAAAGGCGAGUGUCUGGAUUUUCUACAGUCUCAUGGGCGAGAUGGUAGAAACCAAACAGCCCAAUCUAGGUACCACUGUUUUUAUAACAAGAAUAGUUCGUUUAUGGUGGUGGCCCGCUACGAUUUGAAGAGGACGUGGCGAGACUUACUUAUAGCCAUAAGCAUUCCUUCUGUGUUAUUUGUGGCGUCUUUUAUCACUCUAUGUGCUAUAAUGCAAUCCGUUAGAGUAGAUGACGACACGAAAAUGAGAUGUAAGUACUGCUUUAGUACUUACAAUUCCGAUAUGACUGAAAUGAUAAAUAAUAAAUACGAAGUCUCUUCUCCCGAAUCGGAUGGGCCUUUUAAUAGGACAAGCACUCAGGAAAUACUGAGUUAA